AGCUAAGCUAAGCUUUUGAGUCACUAAAUUGUACAGCUCUAAAAGAAGAAAAAAAACAAAGAAAAAUUAUAAAGCUAAAGGAGACAUAAUAUAAACAGUUUGGUGUUUUGUUUGUUUGUAUUAUUAUCUCUCUUAGUUUUCUUCUCCCUUAGAUAGAUAUUAAAGAAAAUGUCCCAUAACCAAACAAAAGCAUAAAACUUUCAUUCACAGAGAGACAGAGGAGCACACUGUUAUGGAUUAUAAUCCACAAGCCUUCUCUCAAUCUCAUACUAGGCCUCCUCGGAAUUUACCUCUGCUCCGGCCACUUAAACCCUUUUUCCGGCGGUUAUUUUCAGUUCCGGCUAUCUAAAAAUCCAAUCUUUCAGACCAAGCUUAGCUUAUAAUAAAUCAAAGAAUUUUUGAACCUCAAACCAAACACUUGGUGGGAAAUUUGGAUAUUUUAGGCUUUGAGCUAAUGGGGCAUUUUUCAUCCAUGUUCAAUGGCUUGGCGAGGUCGUUUUCGCUCAAGAAAGGAAGGAACUCGGAGAACAAUCAUGGCGGAAGAGAGGCUGCAGAUGCUAUGGCUAAGGAUGCAAAGAAGAAUGACUUGAUUUUACGCACUUCGGGUACUGUAAAUGCUAUUGGUUCUAACAACUUUGCCUCAGUUUUCACUAAGAGAGGCCAGAAAGGAGUGAACCAAGAUUGCUGCAUUGUGUGGGAGGAAUUUGGGUGCCAAGAAGACAUGAUGUUUUGUGGGAUUUUUGAUGGUCAUGGUCCUUGGGGCCAUUUUGUGGCCAAAACAGUUAGAGAAUCAAUGCCACCUUCUUUGUUAUGCAAUUGGCAAGAGGAACUCUCUCGAAUGUCUCUUGACCCGAAUUUGGACUUGGAAUCAGAUAAAAAGAAUCAGUGGUUCAACAUAUGGAAACACUCUUACUUGAAAACUUGUUCAACUAUAGAUCAAGAACUCGAGCACCAUCGAAAACUCGACUCGUAUUUCAGUGGAACAACAGCUCUUAGUAUUGUCAGACAGGGUGAAUCUAUUGUCAUUGCGAAUGUUGGCGAUUCUCGAGCUGUAUUGGCUACAACUUCCGAUGAUGGAAACUUGGAAUCUGUUCAGCUCACUGUUGAUUUCAAGCCCAAUUUACCUCAGGAGGUUGAGCGUAUAACUCAAUGCAAUGGGCGAGUUUUUUGUCUAGACGACGAGCCAGGCGUGCAUCGUGUGUGGAUGCCAGACCAAGAAUCGCCGGGUUUGGCCAUGUCUAGAGCCUUUGGAGAUUACUGUGUUAAAGAUUAUGGACUCAUUUCUGUACCUGAAGUUACACAUAGAAAUUUAAGUAGUAGAGAUCAGUUUGUGGUUUUGGCAACUGAUGGGGUUUGGGAUGUUGUUUCCAAUCAAGAAGCCGUGGAGAUUGUAUCGUCAGCAACAGACCGAUCGAAAGCAGCUAAGUCUCUAGUUGAGUGUGCGGUUCGGGCAUGGAAACGCAAAAGGAAAGGCUAUGCCAUAGAUGACAUCUCAGCAAUAUGCCUCUUCUUCCACUCUCCCCCAUUGUCUCAGCUAAUUCACCCUAUUAGCACCUCUAAAUAGAAGAAAGGACAUGAAAAACUAAAGAAAGCAAAAAAGAAAAAUGGAUGUUCAUUGUUUCAUCAUGUUAAAAAUGUACCCUUGAUUUGAUUUAAUCAAGAAAUUGUUCAUCUCUUUUGCUCAUCAAGUUCAUACUAGACUGUAAAAUUGUUCAGCAAGUACAUAUUAGCCUUUUCCUUUUCUUUGUUGGUCUCUUAAACAAUUGUUUAAUCUAAAAUGUUUUAUGAAAUUGAAGAUCAAUUAAAAUUUUCUAA